UUGCGAUGGAAGCACCCCGAACGGACCGCCUCUUGGACGCCCCCGACGAUGAGGACUGGACGGCCGACCCGUGCAUUCGGGAGUCGUACGAUGCUUUCCAUGUCCUUGCGAUUCCAUCCACGUACACUGCGUUUCCCGACGCAUCCAGUCCGGACGGAAGUCGCGUCGGCACGUGGGAGUACCUCGUCCAGCACUGCGCAACGGGGUUCAUGGACAUCUACGCCGCCGCCUAUAUCUUUUGGAUUCACUUGAUGUCGAUUGAAACAAUUCUUGUCGUGGUCGUGGCGGGGGUGACGACGUCGGGUUACUACUACAUUGGCAUGCAAGCAAACGGAACUUCGUUUGGCGCCAACCUUUCUUGGACGCUCGUGACGUUUGCUAUCAUUUCCCCCAUGAUUAUGCAAAUCCGGCAAGCGUUCACCCGUCGUGAAACCGCGCUGGACGCGAUCGCCGAGCUCAAAGCCAUCACGUCCAACGUAUUGAUGGCCAAUGCCAUUUGGGACUGGGGCAAGAACGAACGCGUGAAACUCGCGCCGGAUCACGCAUUGCGCACCAAGCGGAUCCUCAAAGGAAUAGCGUCGGACGUGCGACGCGUAUUGAUGCUGCCAACUUUCACGCGAGGCCGGCAUCGCUUUACAACGUCUGGAAUGGACGAAGCGAAGGAGUUCACACAUGCCUUCCACUACCUGUGUCGACGCAUUACGUUUUCGACGACGCUGCUUCAUCGACAAGUCGAGCUCAUGAAGGCGGCGGGGCUGCCUGCCAACGAAGCAUCUCGCAUCAACCAGUACCAUUGGUUCAUCCAAGCGCGCAUUGAAAAGCUGUGCAACAUCAAGCUGUACCGAACCCCCCAAGCCACGCGAUCGUUCACCCGCCUCUGCAUCCUCGUGCUGCCCCUGUUCUACGGCCCGUACUACGUUUAUAUUGCCACGACCGGCACGAGCGUCCACACCAACUUUGCCUUUGCGCUGACGUUGAGCUUGGCAACCAGCUUGAUCAUGAUCGGGAUCUUCAACGUGGAAAAGGCGCUGGAGGAUCCAUUCACAGAGGAAGGCCUGGAUGGCGUCAAGGUCGAGCGAGCCAUGCAACGCAUAAUGGAUGCCCUGGACGUUAUUCUACCUUCUUCCGAGCCCCCCUCCAAGCCUUGCCUGUAAGCUGUCUGGUCGGCGAACGCAAUGCCACGGCACAAAGAGCGCGCCACCAAAGAGCAUGCCCGUCCGCUGGUCUCAGGUAGCUUCCCACUGGCAAGACCGACCUCCAUAGAAUGCGAUGCAUGAAGCUCGUUCAUAUGUACGUCAAGCGCAUUCGACAAGUCUAUUCGGCGGUCGGGUAGAUUGCGUCGAAGGCGUUGAAAAUCCGCUGAAUCGCAACGUCGAUCUGGACGCCAUCCAGGCCUUCCUCUGU